CCGGCCGCUGCUGGCGCCCAGGCGUCUGGCGCGCCGCCACGGCCCGGUGCGCCCGCCGGCGGGCAGCGGCCGGCUCUCACGCCCGAGCAGCUCAAGAACAUCUUCCUCGGCGUGCAGCGGCAGAUCAGCGAUGCCGAGGCGAAGCUCAAGGCGACGCCCGAGAACGGCGGCCUGCCGCCCGGCCCGUCGCCGGAGCGCGAGGCGCUGGAGAAGCAGCUGGCAGCGGCUCGCCAGCAGCACCAAACCGUGCAGACCUACCUGCGCACCAUGGCCGUCCAGGCGGGCCAGGUGCGGCAAGGCGGAGCAGCGCCCGGCCAGCCCGGCCAGCCCGGCCAGCCUGGCCAGCAGACGCAGCAGCAGGCGCAGCAGCUGGCACAGCAACGGGCCCAGCAGCAGGCCCAGCAGCAGGCGCAACAACAGGCGCAGCAGCGGGCGCAGCAGGCCGGACAGGCACCGGCGCAGGGACCGCCACGACCGCCCGGCGCCCAGCCGGUGCCGCAGCAAGGCGCCAACGUAGCGGCUGGCGGCGCUGCUGCGGGUCCCUCGACGGCCAAUGCUGCACCGCGGCCAGCGGGCGCUGUGCCGCCGCGCCCGCCUGGCCCCGCUGCGCCGGUGAAUGGAAAUUCGCCGGCACCGGGCACGCCAGGCGUUGGCGGCGGCUCGGCGCAGGCGUCGGCUGCGCCCUCGCCACGGCCGCCUGCCACAGCCAAUGCAGCGCCCGACAACCGUCCUUCACCGCAUCCCAGCAACGCCACGCCGGCGCCGCCGACGCCCAGUGCGGCACUGCACGCCGCUGCGCUCUCUGCACAGCCGUCGCUGCUCGCCACUGGCCCUGCGACGCAGAUUCCCGCCACGCUCUCCGUCGCGCCGGCCGCGCCAGAGCCGUACCCCAACGCCAGGGGUCCGCGGCCGACGCUCUCGCAGGGUCUCGGAACUACGCCGCUGCUCAGCACGCCUGCCAUUCUCGAGCGGCCCGACCCGGCCGCGGGCUGGGAGGCGCUGCUCGGCGUGCCGACGCGCGUCGGCAACGGCGAUGCGGGCCCGCUGGCGCGCCACGACCUGACGAACCCAGACUUCUGGGAUGCGCUGACGGGCCGCGGCACGGGCGCUAGCAGCCUGGGCGCGCCGGGCGUGAACCCGGCAGGCAUCGGCGGCGCCGAUCGUCGCCUCUUGACGAAGCGCAAGAUCCAGGAGCUCGUUGGCGAGCUCGACGGCAGCGAACGGUUAGAGGGCGAAGUGGAGGAUCUCCUGCUCGAAGUGGCCGACGAGUUCAUCGAGAGCGCCACAUCGUUUGCGUGCCGUCUGGCCAAGCACCGCAAGGGCGACCGCAUCGAGGUGCGCGACGUGCAGCUGCAUCUCGAGCGCAACUGGAACCUGCGCGUGCCGUUCCCCGGCGCUGCACCUGUGGCGCCGCCGCGUGCGCGCGUGGGACGGCCGGCGGGCGAGAAGGGCACAUGAGUGGAGCACGACUGACUGUCCGCAAUCUAUGCAUCUAAUAGCG